GCUGUGAGUGAUUCGCCCACGGCCGAGUGCCGUUGUUCAAACAUCCACAAAAACACGGCGGUGUGAACGGCAGGAAUGAGGGCCAAAGGCUGGGAACAGCCACAACAGAUGAUUACACAGCUAAGAGCUUAGCAGCUUUUUAACACUAACCUUAGGGGACGGAGGGGAGGGGUAGUUUUGGCCCCGUCGUACUCUCUGCUAUGAAGUACAGGUCAGGUCUGAGCUUUGGAUCGAUGGAGCAGUUCGUCUCCUCCCCUUUAAAUCCAAACCUCCUUAAAGAAGGGAACGGACUCCACUUUCAGACGUACAGGAGUAGAGGACAGAGAAUAUACAGGAAUGGCUUCUGGGCAAUCUGAUGAAUCAGUGGAUGAAAAGGAGACAAGAUGAGAUGAAGAGAAGGGAUCAGAGGAUAGAAGAGAAGACCAAAGAAACUGCAAGAGCUCAAAGGGUACGAGGCUGUAACGAGGGACAAAAAGAAUUGAGGAAAAAAUGAAGAGACUGCCUCAAAGGUCUGAAAUGAGGAAGGAAGAUCUAAAAGGUGCAAGACUGUAAUGAGAGAAGAAGAUACGUAGUUUGCAAGGAGAGCCGUUCUGAAAGCUCCUCGUAUUUGAUAUUUUGUAGGAUAAGAGCCUUGCAGCAGCACAAAGAGUACUCUGUGUGAAUACAUGAGGUUGGCAGAAAAGCUCUGGACAGCUUGAAGACGGCGUGAAGUCGAGUGUGUGUGUGUGUGUGUGUCCAGUGUUGUUAAUUGACUGCCAUAGCAAACAGGGACAGCAAAGUCAUGUGAAAGUCAGAAGAAAAGCUCAACCAAAAUGAGAUAUUAAAUCCCUGAGGAUUCACAGACAGGAGAUCCAGGCUUGAGAAACCAGAGUGUAAACCAGGUGAACUUACUGAAGGGAGAGAAACCAUCAGGAGAUUACGUUUGGCUGGAUUCCUCACAAACUCUUUCCAUGGGAAACAAGACUCUCUUGCAAGAGCUUCUGGAUAAAUCAUUAAAGAAUUGAAGCCAAGCGAAUGUCUACAUUCAGUUUUUUCUGCUUAGGUUCCUGUGUUUUAGGCAGAUCACCAUCUCACACCUGUGUGGUCACCAUUAAUAACAGACAUCGCCUGUCCAGAGAUGCAUCAUAGGAAACUUCUGUGUUUAUUCAUCCAGAAAGAGUUGUAUAUAGAAAACUAAAACCAUUGACGCAAGUCAAGUACUUUUUCUUCAUUAGUUUGAGAUCCAGUUGCGAUCCAGCUAUGGAAGUUCCCAAAGCUUUUUCCCCAAGACUGUCAGUGGAGGAAAAUAAUAUUUUGGAUGAUUUUUCAGCAGUAGUGUGAUUGUAGGCCACUUUGGACUAAUUGUUGAAGAUGCUCAGAGGCAGACACUUUGGAUGCACCUUCUUGCAUCCCUUAUUUUACUACAGUUUCAUGCACAGAAGUGUCUUUCGUAAAAUAAAAAGUUGCAUCAGCUUCAAACAUGGAAUCUUCGGUCAGAAGUUGGAAGAGACUGUUCGAUAUGAACGUCGUUAUGGCAAUAAGAUGGCACCAAUGCUGGUGGAGCAGUGCGUGGACUUCAUCCGUCAUUGGGGUCUACGAGAAGAAGGGCUCUUCCGUCUGCCUGGACAAGCCAACCUCGUCAAAGAGCUUCAGGAUGCUUUCGACUGUGGAGAGAAGCCGUCAUUUGAUUGUAACACAGACGUUCACACCGUAGCAUCAUUGUUGAAGCUGUACUUGAGAGAGCUGCCUGAGCCGGUCAUCCCGUUCUGUAAAUACGAAGAGUUUCUGGCCUGCACCAAACUCCUCAGCAAAGACCAGGAUGCAGGAAUAAAGGAAUUAAGAAGGCAAGUAGAAGGUCUACCUCCGGUAAACUACAAUCUGCUUAAAUACAUAUGCAAGUUUUUGGAUGAAGUUCAGUCCUACUCAGGUGUGAAUAAAAUGAGUGUACAGAAUCUGGCUACAGUCUUUGGGCCAAAUAUUCUAAGGCCAAAGGUUGAGGACCCAGUGACUAUAAUGGAAGGCACAGUACUGGUCCAGCAAUUGAUGGCUGUUCUGAUUGGCCGCCAUGAUGUUCUUUUCCCACCCGAUGAGGACCAUACUAGCACUCUGGAACUGGUUAAUAAUAACAAUAAUGAGACGCAGAAACGGCCUACGAAUGGUCAGAUUCAAAACAAAGAGAACAAUAACACCAGUGGGGUGCGACAGUGCACUUGGGACACGCCAGAAUCACCCAGCCGGGUUCCUCUGGACAAUGGCUCUCCUCGUUCAGGCAGCCCACGUAAUGGUUUUACUGGACAGCGAUUCGAGGUGGCCCGCAGUCCGCCGCUCUCCGUGAAAAAGAACCCAGCGUUUAGCAAAGGGAGCGGGAUUGUCACUAAUGGAUCAUUCAGUUCCUCCUCAUCGUCUUCAGGUGAUGCCAAUCAGGAGAAAAGUCUAACUCUACCCAACAUGGGAACCCUUCAUGCACGUCGGACGGGUGCAAUUAAAGGCUCAGGCACCAAAAUGGGCGUCCAGAAUGGCGUCUUUCGGAUGGGCGUAUCCAGCGCGUAUGUGACAAAUGGGACUCUAAAUGGACGGAAUGGACUCUGGGUGCCCAACGGUCAUGUCACAAUGCGCGAGGCUAAAAGUAGAGACACCGAGCACCAGCAGAACCGCCUGUCCACGUACGACAAUGUCCACAACGUCCACAUCCAUCAGCAGCAAACGACACAGCCCAGUCUGAGCAGCAGUUGUGAGGACAAACAGAGCGUGGAUAGCGCCACGUGGUCCACCUCGUCUUGCGAGAUCUCUCUACCAGAAAACUCCACUUCUUGCCGCUCUUCCACAACCACAUGCCCAGAGCAGGACUUCUUUGGCAGCAACUUUGAAGAUCCUUUGUUGGACGGGCCGGUGCAGGAGGACAAAGUACUGGCGGUGGAUGAUGGGGAGCAGCAGACCAGUAAUGGAGGAGGCCGGGGGAGCAGAGGAACCAGCAGCAGCGAUAACAGUGAAACGUUUGCCGUCGCAAAUGGACCGACCAAUCACAGUGCACUGCACAGCCUGGUAGCCAGUCUCAAACAGGAAAUGCUCAAGCAGAAGAACGAGUAUGAGACCAGGAUCAAGAGUCUGGAACUUCGGAAUGUAGAGUUGGAGACGGUAAUGGCUAAUCUACAUGAAGAGCUUGACCAGGAGAAAAAGAAAUACACCAUGGUGGAGAUCAAGCUGAGAAACGCAGAGCGAGCCAAGGACGAUGCGGAAAAGAGAAACGAGAUGUUGCAGAAAGAGAUGGAGCAGUUCUUUUCCACCUUCGGAGACCUGACCGCAGACCCGCGACGGCCCGACAGAGCCAACACCAUCUGGAUCCAGUGAGCCGUUAACUUUCUACCAUUAACAUUACAAUGUGUGGGCUUGUGUUCAGACAGAACGGGACUAAAUCAACCUUCACGGCAUCUUUGCACGUUUGGUGCAAAGGUUUGACACGGCUGAGUGAAGCCCAUUGAGCCAAAUUUUCAGAAAUGAGCGUGGACCAGUUGGAUUCAUUAAGAGGGAUGAUGGGACAAUGCAGCUCGAAUGUUAAAAUGAAAGAUGAUUUUCAAACCAACAGAAGGCAAUUCUGACUUGAGAGCGAAUGAUAAGAGGAGCUCUUGACGGUUGCGAUUGAAUGUGAGGGAAGGAAUCGAUUACAUGAAUGAACACUGAGUUUUAGAUGAUGGGAAACUCCUGAAGGACAACAGAAGCAUGAAUGUCACUCUUAUUUCUUCUUGUGAUCCAACCAAUUGUGUCCUUGAGCUGUCGUGUGUCCUCUUGUGUAUAUAAAGGAGAAACAAUGUUUAAAAUUCCACAGUGAAAAACAAAUGUCUGUAUAAAUGCAAAUUAAUGUUUAAUGUACGUACUGUACUGAUAUUUAAACAGAGAAUUCUCAAUGUGUUACGUAUAAAUUUUAUAUCAAGGCUUUUCCUUGCACUUAAAGCAUAUGAGUUGCUAUGUUGUUUUUCAGUAUGGUACGUUAUGAGAUGUGGCAAGUAUUUUAAUAUCAGUCUUCCCUGUUGCUUUUUUGCAUAAUUUAUCACUGCAA